GCGACACGGAAUGGCAAUGGAUAGCACCGGAAGUAUUAGCAGAUGAAAGUGUGUUGUGUACAAAGUCUGACGUAUGGUCGUUUGGAGUUGUGAUUUAUGAAAUUAUCACUUUUGGUGAAGUGCCGUAUGCAGGUUUGGAAAAGGAAAGGACUUUGCAUGAGAUAUCGAGUGGAGAUUUCCGGCUACCAAUACCAAAAGGACAAGUACAAUGUCCUGUUGAAUUUUACAACACGAUUCUUCAAUGUUGGCAUCAAAUUCCGGACCAUAGACUUACAUUUGAUUGGCUUUACAAUUAUCUUCUUGAUUUUGAAAACGCUUCGGAAUCGGAAAUUCUCUCAAAAGAUACACAUAUUGAUCAAACUGCAAGCAACGAAAGUGUUGACAUUACUCCAGGAUUUGAGGUGAAAGCCUUGUUCUAUAAUACACCAGAUACACAUGUUGAUCAAAUUGCAAGCAGCAAAAAUGUUGACAUUACACCAGGAUUUGAUGCGACAGCCUUGUUCGAUUACAGAGCAGACGCUGAUGACGAGAUAUCUUUUGACCCAGAUGAUAUCAUAACAAACAUAGAUCCAAUAGAUGCUGGUUGGUGGAUGGGAACAACAGCAAGUGGAGAACGUGGGUUUUUUCCAGCAAAUUAUGUUGAAGUUUGUGCAAGAAAUACACAUAUUGAUCAAACUCCAAGCAAUAAAAAUGUUGACAUUAUACCAGGAUUUGAUGCGACAGCCUUUUACGAUUACACAGCAGAGGACGAUAACGAGAUAUCUUUUGACCAAGGCGACAUCAUAACAAACAUAGAUCCAAUAGAGAUCGGUUGCUGGAUGGGAACAACAGCAAAUGGAGAACGUGGGAAAUUUCCAGCACAUUAUGUGAGAGUUUGUAUAAAACAUACGUGAAAACCAAUUAUAUUGUUCUUCCCUUUAUUGCAAUGAAAUCAAUGCUGUAAACAAUGCAAUACUAUAACUAAUCUUGAUUCUAUCUUUAUGUCGGUCAUUUAAUACUUAAGACCUACAUGGUGAUCAAAGUACAAGCAACAGAAGUGUUGAUAUUACUCCAGGGUUUGAUGUGACUGCCUUGCGUGGUUUAACUGCAGGUAUUAUGCAGGUUAUGAAUGCCAUUUUUGUGUUUUCAAAAUCGAACUUCAGAAAUUGAUAUUCAGAUAACAUUAACAGACAUUUUGUAGAACUCGAAUGAGAUAGUUUGACACUAAAACCGACCGGGUAUGAACACUUAAUGUGAUCAUGUGUCUAUCAAACAUUUUAUAUACAUUCUAUAUCAACUCUUACAUCAUGUUUGGAAAAUUGUUAACUUAUCAGUUAGAUUAAGACGAUAUGUUUUUCACUCAACUCCAAUAUUUAAUUUUAUUGCAUUAAACAAUACAUACAGGCUAAUGAAUGAGUGUAGGUUUAAUACUAAAUUUAUUUAACGAGUUGAAUAAAAUCGUAUUAUGCGAGCCUCUGGCGAGUUCAAUAAAUCUAGUAUUGAAUCUACACGAAUUUAAUAUUCUAUUUGUCACAUAUAUUAAAUAAGGACGGUAAACUGUUAAAAAGAGUCAUUUUUAUGUGACGCGCCUAUAGUGUAA